AUGGCCCAGCCAGACAUUAGCCAGAUUCUGGCAGCACUUGCGCAGCAACAGCCAAAUGGCACUCCGCAGCAGUCUGCCACUCCUCAGCAGCCGCCUCCUAGCCACCAACUCCCACCUGGAUACCCUCCGCCAGGCGUUCUACCGAGCGCACCACCGAGCGCACCGCCUCAGGCAGCGUAUCUACCACAACCUUCCAGCACCGGGAGCGUCGAUCUGAGCACCAUCAAGCCUGUGAGCAGCGGCUCCGUUAGUAUCGCGGACGCCAUUGCGAAGGCCAGAAACAUCGCAGAGAACCGCGGUCUUCAGGCAUACGACAGCCGAGCAGCAUCGUCCACCCCUCGAGAAGACCCUCGUCUCGCCAACCGUCGUCCGCGUUCUCGAUCGCGAUCACGUUCACCACCUCGCCGCGAUGCCUAUGGUGGUAACCCGUAUCGAGACGAGCGUCGCGAAGACCCGCGUCGAGGUGGCUACCGCCGCUCACCUUCACAAGAGCGUGGAUUUCGAGGUGCUCGUGACCCGCCGAUAGGAAGUCGUGGCGCUGAUGGGGAGACUGAAACAAUCCGCGUCAAGUCUCAGCUCGUUGGAUUGAUCAUUGGUCGCAAUGGCGAGAACUUGCGCAAGGUCGAGGCAGAAACUGGCGCACGAGUUCAAUUCAUCCAAGCGAAGGACUCACACGUCGCAGAGCGGCAGUGUACCAUCUCUGGAUCACUACGUGCUAGAGAGAACGCUAAGGGUGCCAUCAACGCAAUCAUUGAAGAGAACGGCGGCACACCAACUCAGGAGAAGGGCGCGUACACUGCAGGUAUGCCCGGUAGGGCCAAGGUAAACCUACCGGCGCUACGAGAUGGUGAGGCGAGCACUCAGGUCAUGGUUCCCGACAAGACCGUCGGCCUCAUCAUUGGCCGCGGCGGCGAAACGGUCAAAGAUCUUCAGGAGCGAUCAGGAUGCCACGUCAACAUCGUUGGUGAGAAUAAGAGCGUCAACGGUCUUCGACCAGUCAACCUGAUCGGCAGUGAACGUGCUACCGCCAUGGCGAAGGAACUGAUUCUUGAGAUUGUGGAGAGCGACAGCCGUGCCCCAGGUGGCGGCGGUGGUAACAAUGCUGGCCAACCACGCGACCGCGGCUACCAAAGCGAGGGUCGUGGCGGCGGCGGCGGUGGUGGUGCUAACCAUGGCGGACGCGAUCACAUCGAGAAGACAAUCCAAGUGCCGUCCGAAGCAGUUGGUAUGAUCAUCGGCAAGGGUGGUGAGACCAUCAAGGACAUGCAGCGCACCACCGGCUGCAAGAUCAAUGUCAAUCAACCCAAGCCACCGGAUCACACUCGUAACAUUGAUCUUGCAGGCAAUGCCAGGGCCAUGGAUGAGGCCGAGCGGAUCAUUUGGGAAAAGGUGGAGACCGUCAAGCAACGUGAUGCGGCUGCCGGCCGUACUCAAGGCCAUGACCAAGGACAGUAUGAUGCAUACUCACAGCCACAGCACGCGCCGCCAGCAGUUCCGGGAUACGGAUCGUAUGCGGCAGCGCCGCAGGUGCCGCCUCAGAUGCCAUCGUACCAGAUGCCGGUGCAGCAUGCCACUCCUCAACCAACUGGCGAGCAACCUGCUCCAGACCCUCAGGCAGUCCAGGCGUGGUAUGCCCAAUGGGCAGCGUACAUGCAGCAACAACAGCAAGCACCCGGAACCCACAAUCCGCCGCUGCCCCCCGGGCAGAAGAUCGAACUCAACGACGCCCGCAUAGGCACUGUGCGAUUUGUGGGCACGACAUCAUUCCAGACUGGCGAAUGGGUUGGCGUGGAACUUGAAGAGCAGAGCGGAAAGAACGAUGGCUCCGUCCAGGGGAAGCGAUAUUUCGAAUGCGCCGCAGGAUAUGGUAUCUUCUGUCGAGCCUCAGGAGUAGCAAGAGUAAUACAGGAUGUGCCAAAAGCGAAGCCAAAGGCAGCGACGAGCAAUGGUGCUCCGACAAAAACCGGUCGGCCGAGUAGCAUACAGGGCUCUGCCGCAGUGAACGGGACGAGAAGGCAGACGCUUGUAAGAGAUGACCCUGGGAGGAGAGCGAGUACGUUGCAGGGAACGCCUACUCCGGCUGGAAGAAUAGCGAGUGGCAUACGGUCGCCUGUCAAGAGUCCGACAAAACAGCUGGGGACGAAUGGCACAUCGAGUGCGUCCACAUCAAGGACUGGCACACCGCCCGCGGCAGGCAAGAGACCAGUGUCUGGGGUAGCUGCGAAAAGCAGCAGGUCCAGCAUUGUACCCUCAAGUACGACUGCCGCAGGGCGAAGGACGUCUGCGCUGCCACCAGCAUCAGGCACUACUGCCUCGAGAACUACCAGACAACCUGCUACCUCCACGGCAACUUCACGUUUAGGGACCUCGCGGCUUGGACCUGGAGCUGCGACCUCUCGGACAACUGCAGGCACUCGGCCAGGUCUUAGAGAGCGUCUGUCAGCUGCAAGAGAAGAAGCAUCUACUGGGGAUGAGGCAAGCGAGCGCUCUGGCAUACUUUCUCCUCGAGAGAGUACGGAGUCUGAAGCAGCAAGUCAGGCAGAGACGGAAGACCAGGAUGGAGAAGAUGACACAAUCCGACCGAACUUCGCGCCUCCCCCGGUGCCGCCGAUUCCUCAAGAGCCAGACCGCACGAGCAGACAGCGACGCCCUUCGUCACCGACAGCGGCAUCUAUACACUCCCAGCGAACCAUUCGUAGCACGGCGGCAUCGAACAGGCAAAUCGAAGAGCUGGAGGCGAAAGUCCGUUUGAUGGAGCGAAAGCGUGCAGAAGAUCGCGAGCUCAAACAGAACCUUGAAAAGGCAGAGCAGGAGCGAGACCAAGCGAGGGGCAUAAUUGAAAGACUACAGAACAAAUACCGUCCCCAGCAGCAGGAGCUUGAGAAGCUGAAACGAGAGAUGGCAGACUUUGAGAAACGAUCCAACGAACUCGACGACAUCCAGGCGAAGCAUGAAAUGGAGCUGGAGGAGGCACUGGUUGAACGGGAACUCGCCGAAGAGCAAGCUGAAACCGCCAAGGCAGAUUUGGAGAUGUUGCGUGCUAGGAAUGAGGAGCAAGCACUGGAACUGGAUAUUCUGAGGGAUGAGAAUCAAGAGCUGAGCAAAGAGAUGAGCCCAGAAGAGAGGACUAGCGCUGGCUGGCUGCAAUUGGAGAAGAGCAAUGAUCGACUAAAGGAGGCUCUUCUCAGUCUACGUGACAUGACCCAAGAUAGAGAGUCCGAGCUCAAAGAGCAGAUUGAAGGCCUAGAGGAGCAAGUUAAGGAGGUCGAAGGCAUCAAGAACAAGUACGAAGAGACUCAAGAACAGCUCUUGAAAAGCCAGGCCGACACAGAAGAUCUGCGCCAGCAACUGGAAGUGGCUCUCAAUGCCGAGGAUAUGAUCGAACGACUCACGGAAGAGAACGAGUCUUUGCGAGACAAGAUCAAUGACCUACGAGCUGCUAUUGAAGAUCUUGAGAGUCUGCGCGAGUUGAAUGACGAGCUCGAAGUCAAUCACAUCGAGGUUGAGAAGCAGUUGCAAGAAGAGUUGGACUUCAAGGACAGCUUGUUGCUCGACCGUGAGCGAACUGCGAAGGAACAGCAGGCGGCACUGGAUGAGGCAGACUACAACAUCAAUCGAUUCCGCGAGCUCGUCAGCCAGCUUCAGAGCGACCUCCAAGACCUGGAGGCCAGCAAGCAGAUCUCAGAAUCCGAGGCAGCUCAGCUGUCAAGCAAGUCACGAGUGAUGAUGGAUCUGAACCAUAAGCUGCAGUCAAGCGCGGCGAAGACUCAAGUCAAGACGAUCGAUCUCGAGCUUCGAAAGCUCGAAGCACAGCAGGCAUCAGAGCAUCUCGCGAUCGUGCAGCUAUUCUUGCCAGAGUCGUUCCAGGCCGAAAGGGACAGCGUGCUUGCUCUUCUCCGCUUCAAGCGCAUUGGCUUCAAGGCGAACCUCGUUCAAGGAUUCAUCAAAGAGCGCGUUGCUUCCUUCGGCACUCGUGGUCAAGAUGAGGAUGUCUUUGCGGCAUGUGACGCUCUCGACAAGCUUACAUGGAUCGCUGCGAUGUCCGAGCGACUGGUCAACUCCAUCAGUGGCUGCAGUGCGGAGGCUUUCGCCAACUAUGGAGGUGCACUGUAUGAGCUGGAAGUGGUGGAGCGUACACUGAACGACUACGUGGAUGCCUUACGACGGGACGAACUCAAGGAGAGCGACAUGACGGUGCGCCUGGGUCGCUCGAUUGAAGUUAUGACACACUUGUCCAGCCUUCACCUUCACAAUGGCCUUGCUGAUCACGCUGACGACCUCAUCAUGAGGGCGUUGUUGCUACAGAGUCGCCUCGAUACUGCCACAUCUGCGCUUGCUCUGACGAGGACCAUGAUUGAGACGAGCAUGAAGCCUGGUGAUGACGAAGCAGACGAGGAGGACGAGGAGACCGCAUCUGACACCGCCAGGAUACUGAGUCGCCUCAAGAUGAUCGUUGAGCAGGUUAGGAAUGCCAAGGUUGUCUCAGGAAAGACGCAUCGUGCACUGUUCGACCUCCAAGCACGGCAUUUGACUCUCGAAGAAUCACUGCUGGAGCAUUUCGAAAGCACAGAGGGCGUGGCGACCGAGAUCGCAUCGUUUGCUUGCAAGAGCGGUAAUAGCUUGCAGGAGAUCUUCCUCGAGGAAGGCCGCGCAGAGCCUUUCACGCCCAGCGAAAUCGCCAGCGCCCUGUCGCGCAUAGCAAUGAGUGUCUUCUCCCUCGGCGCACCAGAGUCUGGACCCUACGACACCCUCGCUUCUCGACUCCGCGACCUCAGCACCCUUCUUCUUGACCUCUCUUCUCUUCCGACCGACUUGGAUAACACAGUCGAGUUCGAGCGUGCUCCAGCACCAUGGGUCGCACGCGCCGACGAGCUCAAGCAGACCAAGAUCACGUCUGUGGACACCGAAGCUGAGCUGUCACGCGCUCUGGAAGCUGUCCGCGAGCGUGACGCUAUGCUGAAGCAGAAGGAAACAGAACUCGACCAGCAGAGCGUACGCAUCGAGAUGCUCGACGCACGCAUGAAGGACGCCAGCAAACGCAGCGCCAAGAUCGCAGAGCUGGAACGCGGACUGCGUGAAGCAAAGGAGGGAGAGACAAACGCCAAAGCCGAACUCGCGCGUGCGCAACUCGAGGCACAGCAAGAGAUGGAUCGCGUGCGAGAGGAAAUGGCCCGCCUCGCCGACGAACGUCAACGAACAGGUGGAAGCGGCGCAGUCGGUGUCGGCGGCGAGCUCGACGGCAAUGCCAUGGGCGCCAGCGUGCGCAUCACCAUCAAGCGACAAGAACACCAAAUCGCCGGCCUCGAAAGCGCCAUCCGCUUCCUCGAACAAGAUAACCGCCGUCUCCGCCUGCCCGCCCCCGACGCACCGCACAACCUCACAGCCUCCAUGUCCUGGCUCCACGAUCCCCUCCCAGCACCGACGGCCGCGAAGAAGAAAGCCCAGCGUCACGCGGCGCUGCAGAAUGAAGGCCAGAAAGUCCUCGAGCAGAUGCUGCAGCUCGCGACCUUGCCACCGAGCGUGGACCUCACGAGUAUACCGAAGAACAAACUUGCGUGGCGGCCGGCGAAGGAGAGUAGUCGGUGGAAGGUGGAGAGGAGGAAUGAGGAGUGGGUGGAUUGGAAGUUGUGGAGGGAGGAGUUGCAAGCGAGGCGGUACUUUGCUGUUUUUGCGGCGGCAGGUAGAGGAGAAUGGAAAGAGAUAUUCAAACUCAUUGCUGUGAGGUUGUGUGCGAUGCUGUCCUCAACAACUUCAUCCCAGCCUGUUGCAGCUCAUGGGCGGUGA